AUGGACAGGUGGAUGGCUGCUCAUGGGGACAGCCGAUUAGAAGAUAUUGACGCCAUCAUGGAGGAGCUCGCGCGGCAGAUGGAGCAAGAAGAAAUAACGGCUGCCCAAAACGACGACAGAACCCUUGGCAUCAGUCUUCGCGGUGAACAACUCAUGCCAGCCACCGUGGAUGGUGAGACAUCCGUAGAGGAGAAAGACCACUCUGUCCAGGCUCCCUCUGGCACAUCCCAACCCAACCAGCUCCCCGAUGUGUUGCGGCUGGGUCUCGAUGACAUGGCCGAUACAACGUCAGCCGAUCUUGCUAGCCCGGGGCAAUCAGAAAUUUCCGAGGCUGCAAGACAAAUUUUGGAAUCGGUUCAACACGAGCAAGGUGACAAGUGGAAAAAUUCGAGGUUCCUGCUACUGAUGAGAGACUUCCGAGAUGGUUACAAGGAUAUCAUCGACAACGAAAUACUGGAAACGCAUGGCGAUGACGAUCACUUGUUGGAAAAGGUCAAAUUGACCAAGGCAUGA